CCUUCCUCCACGACGCCAGCAACAACAGCAGCAGCAGCAGCAGCAGCAGCAACAGAAGCCGUCCCUCGUCUCCGACCCGCCUUCAACACGCUCCAGCAGCACUACUCUCCCGCGCGCAACCUCGCCCCGAAACCCCUCACGUCAACGUACCUCGCCCCGCCCACGCCCUCCAAGCUGCCCGCCAACAUCGCCCUCUCCUCCGAGACCGCCAAGGUGCAGGCCGAGCUGCUGCAGCUGCACCUGCUCCACCGCGAUGCCGACGUCGUCGCCGCCUCGUGGCAUGCCAGCGCUAGGGAGAGGCUGGGGCGGAGGUUUGCCGAGCUGGCUGAGGCCGAUGCCAAGGUCGCCGCCGAGGAGGCUGCUGUGCAACAAGCGCGGGACCUCGCUGCCCUGCGGUCGUGGGGAGGAGCUGCUGCUGCUGCUGCUGCUGGCGGCCGAGGGAAGGGCCUGGAAGACAGGAUCCAAGUUUUGGACGGAGUGCUGUCAGGUCUCUGGUCCGUCGGCGGACCGGGCGGGCGGCAUGCGCGCGCGGUCAGGAGGUUCGAGAAAUGGUUUGACCACUUGACGGCCGCCAUGGAGGCCCGAUGUCAGGCUGGGGGGCUUGGUGCGCUGAUGGCGUCUGGGGAGGUCGCGUUUAUAGGCGAGCUGGACCCGGCCUGGCGGGACGAGGUAUCGUCGCUCUCCAGGAAGCUGGACAGCUGGCGGACGCAGCUGAGCCAGCUGGAGGACGGUAUACCUGAUGACGGCGAGGGCAAGGGCGAGGGCGAUGAUCAGCCGCAGUCCAGUCUGGCGAGAAUCCUGGCUGGAUGCCGCGGCAUGGUGUGCGGGAUGCUGGCCGAGCUGAACGUCAUGGAACAUAUCGAGCGCGAGGCCAUCGCUGAGGAGGCGGCCUGGGUGAGGAGGAUGAACCGGGACGAGGAUGGGCUGGAUGAGAAUAGUACUCCGAGGGCUGGUGCUAUCUGG